ACGGCGUGUGGCGAUAUGGAGGAGGGAGGGAACUGCGGAACCGCGUCGGCAGACGAACGGAUCGUCCCAGCAUAUACGGCUGUCUCCCGCUCGUCAUUCUUUACGUCCACCCCCAGACUUGACGCGCCGUCCGCGCCGUCCGCGCCGUCCGCGCCGUCCGCGCCUUCAGCGCGGGCUGCGUCUCCCGUCCACCCCUUGGUCUGCGGAAAUGACCGUUCCUUGUCCGUCUGUGACGUGCUAGUCUCAUCGCGAGGGCGGUCGUUUCGCUUAGCUGAUACGUUUUUUUAUCAUUCCACCGCGAAGAACGACGACGCGGACGUGACGAACAUCGCGGAAGCGGUUGCGGCCGCAUUCGGACAAAACGACGAGCUGCUCAAGAGCAGCACGUACCGUGGAGACGUCAUGCUUGAAGCAAUUAUUCCGCACGAUUUCGACCCCGCUCGGGAUACACUUUUGAUGGACGUCCCGUUCGGAUACGGCGAGAGCAGCGGGAAGACGUUGGAGGUAAAGUGUGAACGGUUCAGACCGGGUGCUGCAGUCGCAAUACCUGUCCCGCGGUGGUCAGAACACGUGAGUAAAGACGCUGAAGAAGCUGAAGAAGUAGAUGUUGACGGGCUCGAUGGCGACGAAGAAGCCGAUCGAGUACGUGGUGGCCCGCUCACCGCGGGGGUGAAGCAAAAGUCCCGUGCAUUAUUGGAAACGAGUGCACACAUUUCCACACAUGGCGGGUUAGAGAAGAAUAUAGUCAAAUGGGCCGAAGCCCGCGGGUGCGCUGCCCUGGAGUGCGAAGAUUUGAGUGCGACCAUGAAGCUGAAGGACAGGAGCGAGAAGUCAAUACGACGCGGGGAAAGCGAGUGCUCCUCAGCUUCAUCGGAGGAUGAGGUUGAUAAUAAAAUUAACGAUGAUGAAAGCAUGCAAUCCCGGAAGGACACCCAGCCGUCGACUCAAGCGAACGUUGCACUGGGGGUUGAUAGAAUUGGAUCCAGUCAAGUGCGUAUCGUUUCGCCAUACGAGUUUCACACCUCUCUCGCCGCCGCCUUGGCUACAAAUGAGGCGUCUAAAAGGGAUAGUUUCGACAGCGCGCGCGUGGAGACGCUGCCUUGCCAAGGUAAUGAGACAGCAGCCGCAUGUAGCGUUGACGCGACUAGACGAGUUAAUAUGGACACCGGGCGAGAGGGAAGCAUAGAUGGUCGCAGGGAUAGCAUAGAUGCGAUCUGGUUCACGGACAAGCAGGUAAAGAGCUCGAGGAAUACCAUCGUACGCCGAACAGAUAGUGCAUUAGAUCCUCGCAACCAUUUAUUGGUGGAAACAGGAUCGACAUCUACUGCGGAGUUUAGGACGU